CGAGGCUUCAUAAACGCCAUUUUAGAAAUUUUGCGAUCCGUGCUGCUGCUGUAGGAAAAGGCGAAUGUAAAAGCGUGUUUCAUAGAAAAUUGUUAUCGUAAAAAGUUAAGUUCAACUUGCGAAGAUUCCGUUCGGUCGGAUAGGUGUGACAACGUUGGUAAAUUUACAGUGUAAUUAGGAUACUACUGGAUACUUGUGCCGAAACGCGUACUGUGGCCCCUUAGUAUUUUUUGAAAAGCGACGAAACUUUCAUUCGUAUUUAAAUAGUGUAAUCCUGCCGGCUGUAUUCGCUUUACGCGUGUGAAGAAUUCCAAUAGUGAAUAAAUCGACGUAUUUCAGUAUUUUUGAUCAACGUACGUGGCAGGGGUAUUACAGGUCGUGAGAUAUAGAACAGCAACACCACUUCAAAGGAAAAAAAAACAAUAGUGCUAACAACAAACUACACAAAGCGACAAAACUACUUGUUUUGCUAAUGAAGAUUUUCUGGCAGUAUGAACACCUUGGGGGGAACUAGGGGGGAGCGUAAUGCCAAGCCCAAAUUUGCCGCAUUAGAUAUCAAUAAGCUCUACAUAACCAGCCGAGGCGAAUCUUUAGAACCUUCAUCCCAAAAAAGUGCUGUUCCGCGUAAACAUGGUAUGCAAAGCUUGGGAAAGGUGCCUACGGCUCGUCGUGCACCGGCAAAUCUUCCAUCGUUAAAGGCUGAAGUUGGCAAUCCUGGUGAACAAUCUGGUACAUGGAUUAGCGAUCAUAUCGAAGGACAAAACCUCACCAAGAGUUCAAGUGAUUUGCUGGACCGGAAUACCGCUUCCCCAAACCCGUCAGUCUCUAACAGUAGCAUCCAACAACAAACAGCAUCGCUUACUAAUUCAAAAUCUUGCGAAUCAUCAUGGAAUACGAACGAGUUCCCCUCUUUGGACGGCACUGGUUCGUAUGGCGGAAAUGUCACCAGCAAAUCUCAACAAUUCCAAGAUCCUCAUCCAGGAGGCUCUCAGUCGAUAAUGAGGCCACACAACGACACGCAGUUUCGCAUACAGCAAAAGGGUUCGAAUGUUCGGGGAACAGUGUCGAAUGUUGCAGCAGAAGAUGUAGAUGGUGGCGGCGGCGGCGGCGGUGGUGGAAACAACCUAAGUGGAUCAACUAUGGCGACCAAUUGCCAAUCGCCUCCAUUGCCCCCUCAAUUCAGGGCGCUUUUACCACCGUUUAUGCAACGAGGAAGCGACAGUGGUUUGUCAGGAAACGAAAACGAAGGAGGAUCUUCUUCAUUGCCAACUCCGUCAGCGGCUUCCCACCUUUCAACAUCAGCAAUGAGCAGUGAUGCGAAAAACAACAAUAUUGUACCCAACGCAAACAAUAAUGGCAACAAUUUGGAUAACAGCAAGAUAAGCAGCAACAGCGGUAACAGUGGCAAAAGAAGUAACAACAAUGAGGGUUCCGGUAUUAGCAAUAGUACUUUCGGCACCGUGAACACUGCGACGAAUGUAACAAAACUAUCAAACCAAUUCCCGCAAAAACAGCCGCCAAGCUCGGCGCUGCAUUCUCAGCAACAGCAAAACAAUCGUAUCGGUGGUGGAAACAACUUUUCUUCAAUGUCUACAGCUAGAGGGGGUCGUGUUGUUAGAGGAGCAAGUGGUGCAAGCAGCAAUGCUGGCAGUGAAGGAAGCGCAGAAAGAGCAAGUGGGGCCGGCUAUAAUGAUAAUUAUCAGCAUGCAAACCGCCGCGGGGGCAUGAAUCAUCAACCUCGAUAUGCUAAUCGUAGCAUGACGGGUGCAGGUGCUGGAAAUUACAACAGUUCAGUUGGUCAUGUGCGAAGUGAUGGAGGUGGAGGAGCUGGAGGUCAUGUUGCAGCGUCUGGCAAUGCUGGUAGUCCCAGCGGAUUCCACGAGGACAGUCGCAAUUCACAUCCGCCGUAUGGAUCAAAUGUUGUAGCCGAACAAGAGGUUGUGGUGCGACCCAUCAUACGCGACGAAGAAUUACAGAGGUUGGAAGCAAUUGCUAAGGACGAAGGAUGGGCUAAAGAUUACGAAUUUGAUUACAAUCAGAAAUUGGAAUUUUCGGAUGACGAAUCGGAGAUCAAUUCUGCGCCAACUGCUGUAAAAGAAAAGCAUGCAACGUCAGUCAAAGAGGACACUUUUGAAAAACGUGCUUUAGGACCGAACGCCGAGAAAGAAACAGAUUCCGAAAAGGUUGACAGGAAUAAUCGUGGUCAAGAGCAUGUUGCUACUGGGCCAACAGGACACAAGGAAAGAGAAUUGAAACAAGAUCAAGAAAGCAACUCGGUACAAGCAAACGUUGGCAGUGGUAUGCGUGGUGAGGGAGCUAUGAUCAACGUUAUUACUCCCGGUGGCUUAGAUGCAGCAGAAGCUAAGGAGCGCAUUAAACAACGACGGGAGGAGGAUCAACGGCGAGAAAUUGAGCGCAAACAGGCUGCCGCUAGGAAAUUACAAGAGCUGGAAGAAAAGCUAAGUCGAAAAAAGAACGAUGAUACGAUUGAUUCAAAACCGGGCACUAUUGAUAAAGGUAGCAAUGUCGGUGUGAACGUUUCUGUAUCUGCUGCUAGCAAUGUCCCUUCGACCAAUACUAGAAUGGAAGAGGAGAAAUCUGGGGAAGGUGUCGCUGAACACUCCAGCGAACGUACAAUAUCGAUAAAAAUUCGAGGAAAAAGUGGCGAACGUGCAAAUGUAAAAGAAAUAAGAUACGAUUAUGGAGCUGGCGGCGGUGCAGCACGGCAUGAUCGUGACGCAGGAAACCUUGUCGGAGGAAGCACUGGUACAAAUUGGGACAUGCCUGGAUUUUCCAAAACCUUUCAAUCAAAUCUGCCCCCGAGGUUCCAAAAGCGUAAACUGGAAAGAAACACAUCCGGUAGCAAUUUGUCCACGAAUGCUAAUAAUACUGCUAGUAAUCAAAAUGUAUCGCGAAUAACUAACAGCUACUCAUCAUCUGGAAGCACCGGUCCUGCGGGCACUAAUUCAGGAAGCGAGAUUAAAAGUACUAUACCGUUUGCACAACAGUAUGAUCCACGAUAUAUUCAUAACCAGCAGACAUAUGGACGGGGCGGAACUGCAAACGCAAUGUCAAACUCUCGCCGAAGUUUAACGACAACAUCAGGUGCUUCAAUUCGCGAUCGCGAUGAACGCCAACGGCAGCAGUAUGAUACGCGUGACACGCAAACUCAACGUGAGGCUACAAAAGAAAAAACAGAUAUGACUGAAGAUAAUAGCCGCUUUGAUGUUGCAUUUGGCGGUGCAAGUCAAGACUUGGCUAGCAAUCAGACCAAGCAGAAUACUGGUGGCCGUAUUACACCUCAGUUGGCGCGCAGCUUAUCAGAAUCAUCUAAUCGUAAAACUAGUAUUUCAAGUGAUGAAAAUCAUCAUGCCGUUGGUCAUCAUCCUCAUCAUACAUCAUCGUCUACGCACAAUUCCGGAAGCGGUGUAACAAAAGCUGGAAAUUAUGGACGCGAAAAAUCAUGGGAAACGGAAGCGGAAAAAGGCUCUACCGCGUCUUCACCUGCAUCGUUCAGUGGCAGUGAGCGUCACCGCGAAAUACCACUGCGUUUUGAUAAUGACCAGCCGAAACAGAUACUGCAUCGCGUGAAAGAGGUGACUUCGCAAGUAUCGGACGUGGUCAAGGAAGAUAAAAUUGCAAGCAAGCGUAUCGCCAAGAGUGAAGAAUCUGAAGAAAGUCAGAAGGAUGCAGGGAUUGAAAGCGGCGAUCAUUCGAUAUGCGACAGUGUUGCCACAUUACAGGAUAGCAAAGCAAACAUCGCGAUUGACGCUACAGAUCCUGACAACAAUCCGGUUGACACUGUUGCUGCAGCCGAAAAGCUCAACAAAAUAUUCCAAGCAGAAGAAGCAUCCUCUUUUGGAGCCGUGGAAGCCACCACUAAAGAGAAUGUGGAAAAUGAAUGCUCAAAAGAUGUAGCGCACUUCGAUGCUUCACAUCAAUCGAGAAUUCUGUCCGGCACAGACGAUAAAAAGCAGUUGGCAACAUCGUCAGUUACGACGGUAGGGGCGUCAUCGCAGCAGCAUAAUGGCAAAAAGAAAGGUGUACCAUUGAUCCAACAACAACAGCACCCUCGAGAUAAUCGUAGACAUGACACCCGCGGCGGCUCACGUGGUGGUAGUUACAGUGGGGGAUACCAUCGCGCAGAUGUACCGGGAUCCUCUUCUACUAUGCGAGGUGGAGCAAGCAGUUGGAACAGAGCUCGAGGAGGUAAUAGAGUCGGUGUGGGCAGCCGCAGCUACAACCAAGACUACUGGAGCGAAUCAGAAUUUUCUGAGGAAGGUUUUGACGAACAGCCAAAACAUAAUUUGCACCAAAAGAAUUACAACCAUUCUAUGAUGGGAAUUGCCGGGGUACAGAGUACAGAUACAGGUAACGCGGCUUCAAAGGAAGGUUUUGUACCGCGUGGUGAACCAUCAAGGCGUGGCAGAGGCGGUGGAAAUGUUGGUUCAACUGUAGUCGUUGCUAGCUUAUCGAAUACUGCCAUUCGCCAAAAGCAACAACAUGCGCCCUUCGCUGGAUGUGGUGUAUCUUCAAUGGAUGCUGCUGGAAGCAUAAGUAAAAAAAUGGAAGGAUAUGGUCCCCCAAGUUCGAAGAGUCCAUUCGGAGGGGGAACUGUCAACAGUGAUGAUAGAAACACAAAACAUCGUGUUGGCGAUAGUUUGAGCAGCAAUGCUUCUGCUGCUUCCCCAACUAGGGACGAUCGGGACGUUCAAAAACGGCCGAGACCGAUCUCUUUCACAGAUGCUGGUAAGGGAACGGAAGAUGUUCCGUCGUCGAUCGAUCAUGAAAAGCUCUGUGCGUUAGCAGGCGAAGGAAAACCUGGUGCGAUAGAAGUUCGUAACGAUGAAUCUCAUUUCACAGAGGAUAAUCACGCAUCUCAAAAAUCUGGUGGCCGAUCCAGCGUAACGGAUAAUCCUAUGACGAUGGAAAGUAGCGAUGCAUGCGCUGCAAAACAAAGUGGAACUUUGAUGGAAGAUACGAAGGCAAAAACUAAGGGCAUCAUGACUCCGAUCACCGGCAAAAUCGGUAGUUCUUUGGCAGUACAGCAACAGCCUAAAAGCGUGACCAGUUUGCCAGGAGGGAAUACUAAUAUUGCUGCGAAUAAUAACUCAUUGGACAGUAAUGUACCCAGUACUGGAAACGUGAGAGGAGCUGGCAACAACCUUUCGGUGACGCGCAAGCAACAACAGACUGUGUCGCGAGGUCAGGGAGCUAAGCUUUCGAACUCUGAUACUUUAACCGAUAUAUCAUCUGGUUCAAACGUCACUCAAGCAGUUCCAACUUUAAUGACCAUCAACAAUAGUGGAAAUAAGGCAGCUGCGAACAUGGUUGCUCGUCCGACAACAAUGGGUAUUGAAGGAGAACGAUCGUCUCACUUGCAACAACAACAAUCUGUAACAGAUAAACUGGCUGCAACUUCUCCAGUUAAUAAUGCCAAGACUGAUAAUGAUAAGCAUAAUCUAGAUGGCAAUACUCCUCCAGUAAAUACGAUAAUAUUCGAAAACACUAACUACAAAUCGGGCGUAUCUGUGGCUGGUCGGAGCGGAAGUUCUUCAAGCCCAGUAGUUGGCGAUUGUGGAGGAGUUGGCGGUGACACCACUAUAAAUAGCUUGCGACGCCAACAAAGUGGGAAUAGUGUCACCAAUUUUGGAUCGAAAGUAAAUACAGGAAUUAUGAACGAGAAGAUGGCGGGAGCAGCUGCGGGCGUUGUAGGAGCGCUUCAAUCUAUAACAUCGAGCGCAUCAGCACAUCGUCCGAUAGCUUCGCCAACAGUGACAACAGCAAACGAAGGUGGCUUGCAGCAGCAUAACAUCGUGGGUAGUUCACAAAGAACUGCACUUUCGACGGGUGUUCCGAAGCAACAGCCAUGUAACAUAAUUGCAAGCUCGCUCCAAGGAAUUCCGUUUCAAAAAAGUGAGAGCGAUUACAAGGAUAUUAAAUCAUAUGCCUUUGAGACUGAUAUUAGCCAUUUAAUCGAUGGAGACAAAGGCAUUCAGCAGCAAUCAUCAGUAUCUGCCGGUUUAUGCUUAUCAAAAUCAAUUGACGCAGAAGGAGGUGGAAGUAACCAUGGAGGAGGAGUUGCAGCGUCUGCAAAGAACAUGAUUUCCCCGUCAACUGCCGAUUUGAACAUGAAAAUAGCGAGCGUAAAAAAGGUUUGGGAAAUGCCAACUGUACCAGAACAAGCGGGGUCGGUAGUAAAUGCCGGCAGUAGCAGCAGUGGUAACCGGGUCAACGUUGCGAACGAACACGCAGUUAGUGGGGACGGAAGUGGUGUUGGCAGUGGAAGCAAUGUUCAUCUGAAAUCUAAUUUCGUAAGGGGUCCACAUCACGUAUCCCAUCAGCCACAAUAUCAACAUCCGCAUCCUGGGGGUGCCAAUCAUCACGCUCACCAAACGCACGGGGCGCAUCCGUCUUAUGCAGCUGCUUUUGGAGCGGAUUCGGAUUCAUUGGUGGAUCAUUUCAAUAAUUCCAACAGUGUGUGCAAUGUGUCCGGCGCUGCGGCGGGAUCUAAUAACGGAUGCGACAUAAAUGCUGCUAUCAAUCUCAACAAUGAUUGCAGCGACAGUUCUGGUGGAGGAUAUAGUCUAAGUCAUCAUCACUCGCAGCAGCAAGCAGCAAAGCCUCAUCAGCAGCAAACACAACCACACCAGCUGCAGCAGCAGCAGCAGCAGCAGCAGCAGCAACACCAGCAAGAAUUACAACAUCAGCGACAAUCACAUAACAUGCCGGAGCCAUCUUCCCAGCAAUCUUCUCAACAACAACAUGGUCAGCAACCGCAGAAACAACUACAGCAGCAUCAAUCGCAACACUCACUACAACAGCACUCGCAGCAAAUACAACGCCAGCAACAACAGCAUAAGGAACAGCCGCCAAAUAUGCAGCAACUGCAGCAGCUGCAUCAACAAUCGCAGCAAACACAACACAAAUCGCAAACACAGUCCCAAUCCCAACAACAGUCGCAGUUGCAAACGCAACCUCCAUCGCAAUCACAGCCUCAAUCGCAAACGCAAACCUCUCAAGCGCAGUCGCAAGCCCAGUCGCAAUUAAAGGCACAGCAGCAAUCGCAGCAAAUGCCCCAACAGCUCACUCAGUCGCAGCCACAACAGCAUCCGCAUCAGCAUCAGCAACAGCAUCAGCCACCGCAUCCGACACACAAACAAUCGCCACUUCAACAGCAGCUGCAACAGCAUCCGGUGCAACAGCAUCCGCAACAAAUGCAACAAUCGCACCACCAACAAUCACUACAGCUGCAGCAUCAACAGCAGACACAGCAAUCCCAGCAGCAACAUGUUUCCUCUGUCGGUGUACAGCAGCAGCAGCAACAGCAGCAGCAGCAUCAGGCAGCAGUGGCCGUCUCGCUGGGUCUAAACAAACAACACCCAGUGGCCGAUGCGCUGGCAGCGGCAGUGGCCGCAAAUGUCAACGUUUGUAAGGUAAAGCCUACACAACAAAACAACAGCAGUGGCAUGCAUCAGUCGAGCAGCAUGGGCUUGUCGCCUCCGCCACAAAUGCAGAGUGGAUCCAUACCUUCCGCUCCGCAACCCUUCUAUCCGGCACAAUAUGGAGUGUCGGCCAUACCGUCGCCGCCAGCGGUGCUGUACAAUUCACCCGCGGUCGCUGCUGCUGCUAUGAACUCACAAGGUGGUUUAUACAAUGCAUUCCAAAUCGAACCGAGCGGCCGUUCGCAAUUUUCACAGUUCCCAGGACACUAUGGCACUUCUGGGACCGCUGGUCCGUAUAACGCGUAUAUGACAACGCCGACCAAUAUGCAAGCCGGUCCUACUCCCGAGAUGUUCCAAAGUCUGUCGUCUCAGUUCCGGAUGGGCUCGGUACAGUCGCCGUACAACCAAACUACGCAAAUGGGCAAUCCGAACACAAUGCUCAUAUCGUCCAACAAUAGUUCCCUGAUGUCGUCGUCCGUAAAAUCUUCCACGCAGCAGAUCGGUGCUAUCGGGCAACCGAAGCCCAACGGGGGUGGAUCCGUCAGUCAGCCGCCGUACGGUCAGCAAUAUCUGAACAUGUUUCCGCCAGCUCCACUGCAGAAUACGGCAGCUAACUACUAUUCAGGGUCGGGCGGCAACCAAACCGCAUUUUUCGGCACAGCUGCAGCAACGGGCGCCGGCACACAGAAUGCGUACGGUAUACCGGCGGGGGCGGUAGCGGCAUCUAAUAUGUUUGGCAGCCACGGUGGGCAGAACCCUUCCAACACUCCACAGCCUCCACCUCCUCAGCAGCAGAUGCCGAACUAUUCAUCCCAGUUUUUAAACUCGCCACUUUUAGCUGCAACAAAUCCAGCAAUGAACCAGCAACAGUAUCGUGGAGCGCCAAAUAAUAGUUCUCAGCAUUCUGGAGCAAAUGCAGCGGCAUACAUAAAAUCGAACCAAUCGCCACAAUCAUCCCAUAUCCAGCAGCAACAGCAGCAACAGCAACAAGAUACUUGGGAACUGCAAAAUCAACUAAUGCAACAUCAAUCGCAAAUUUCGAAUCUGCAACAACAGGCUGCUCCACCCCAACAACUACCAUUAUUGUCAACUGGACCGGCGGGAGCUCAACAGAGUACGCAAGGGACGCAACUUGUAUCCAAUCAAAGCAGGCAUACGAUGCCCGUGAAUCAGGCAAACAAUCUGUUUGUGGGAUGCGGAGGCAAUAACGGCGCUUCCGGAACCGGAAAUUCCAUCGUUGCGAGUGGUGCAGGAAACGUAAAUACAGGUGCUAACUCCAUUCGUGGUUAUCCACCAGCUCAAGCAUCCGGUGCGUCUGGAACGCGAUAUCCCUCCCCGAUUCAACGGCCUACGAUGUUUGCACACGCACAAAGCAUAGGUUUACAGCACCAUCAGCAAAGGGGUAGUCGUCCUGUAGGUUACGGUCAACAGAAUGCGGGAACGAAUGCAGGUGGUGGCCACCAGCCGCAAGGGGGUGGACCGUCUAACGUUGCGCAGGGUGUAAAUAAUUCAGGCAAACAUUUUUAUGGUGGAAAUCGUGGGUAAUUCACGAGGGAAAAUGACAUGACAGCAGAAAGCAAAUGCUAGUUUUCCAUUAGCUAAACGAAUACUGCAGCAUACGAUCUUGGUAAACCAUUGACACAACUGAAUGGUUUGGGGCAAACAAACGUUUUACCAUUAAUUGCCUACAUGAUUAGCUAAAAUCUUAAAACUUUCUCAAUUUUUUGUUCGACCUGGCAGGCUGUUGCUCUUCUACGUCUUUGAAUUUGUUUCCAAAACUGCCAUAGCUCUUUAGUGCGUUGUACGUUUAGCCUGAAUCUAGAUUGUGUUUCUACUAUACAUUUGUUCUGCGUCGAAUGGCCCAACUACCCGGCUGAAACUGGUCGAAAAUAGUUAAGACGAUAUGCUUUAGAUUAAAACUGAAUUGCAUUUCUCGGAGCGUAACAGGUGAUACGCUACAAAACAUUAACUUUGGAGUAACAGUGUAUUAUUGCCAACGUGUGUGCAUCAGGGCAAUACGAUUAAUGGUACUGUUAUCGAUCAUUCUGCUGUGCAAGCCACACUACUUUCACAAAUAUAAAUAACCGUAACUAUCGUGAAGCCGCGUUUAAAGCGCUGUACGGAAUGAUAUUCUAUCGAUAACAAUAAAUCAAAUGCAUACUUAUUAGAAAAGCUGCUUUAGAAGCCUGGUUGAUGCGCGCUAGAGCUCACGUGGUAUUAUAGAAGAAAAAGAAUUUUGCUUCGGGAAUCCGACACUGAAAACGUAAAUGCGUUAGCAGCAGGGAAGCUUAGUUCAAGAUGCAUUUUCUAACUUUUCCGAGCCCUGAGCAUUGACCAGCCGAGCGAAGGAACGCUACCCGGUAGUACGGGAACUAAUGCGUUCAAGUAAAACUGGUGGCACGAUGAGAGGACAGCAUAUAGCAGGAUUCUAGCAGUAUCUUUAGUACUUAGCUAUUAAAAGAAGAAAAAAAUGGAACAAAAUGCGACAGUACGUCACAUGGUGCACAUACUUGUACUGUUGGAAGGUGUGACCAACAAUUAAGUUAUAUUCUUGUCAAACACUUAACGCACGCACUAAAACGUCUGUGCACACAUUAAAGGUGAGUGUUUAAAAAGCCGUUUGCCACAGAAGAGCUAACAUGGUGACAUAAUUUGUGUGCGUAUUAAUAUAACUAGUUUAAAAGAAAAGUAGCACGUCACAAGGGCUCCAAACGGCAGCAAAAAAAUGAUUACAGUUUCUCCUGAAUAAAAAUGAAAAUAUCUUCGAAACAAA